GGAGGAGGAGGAGGAGGAGGUGAAGGAGCUUCCUAGGCACUUACUCGGGAAGAAGCCCGACUUCGAAGCGGAAGGCGGAGGCCAGGGCGAAGCCCUGAAGUUCGCCAGCGACCGUGAGGAAGACCCCCAUCGAAUAGCUCAGCGCCAGAAGCAGAUAGAUUUCGGCAAGAACACUUCGGGGUACGACCGCUACCUGGCCAUGGUCCCACGUAGCAAACGGAGUAGAGGAGACCCCAUGACUCCCAACAAGGAGAAGAAGAUGAGCAAGCGCCGCUGGGCUGGUCAGAUUCGAAGCUGGAGAAGGCAGCUGCACGCGUACGACGUGGAGGUAGCAGGGGCCACCUCAGGGGAAGAUGGUUCACACGAUCAGGCCAUCACCGACAACGAGGGCGAUGGGGAGACAGGAGACAUCGAGCGUGCUCCUUCGCGGUCCUCGCCCGAUAGCUGCAACGUGUUGGACGUACCGGUCCGCAGCAGCAGGCAACGCGACCGUCUGGAAGCAACAGUUGCAUCUUCUGCAUCGUUGUCCCCGGCAGCAGCAGCAGCAGCAGCAGCAGCAGCAGCAGCAGACGCCGGUGCGUUGAUCAUAGGGGUAAGCGAUGACUCCGGCUAUGCCGGCGCGGACGGCUCCAAGGAAAGUUCUUUCGCCGCCGAGGAAAGUUCUUUUUCCGCCAAAGAAGGUUCUUCAUCGGCAACCAGGGAGCACGGCUUCUCAGCCGACGAGAAAAGGCACACCAUCAACGCCGGGAUCUACGGUGACUCGGAUGGCGAGGGUGAUGGCUUCGGGUCCUCUCCCGGCCUCAAUACCGUGGGCCCUGUGGAUGGUGCAGCAGGAGGGCGUGUGGCGGCGGGGGCGGCGGGGUUUUCGAAGGGAGGGGGCGGGAAGAAGAGGCGGAGGGAGCGUCUGAGGGGCGAGUCUAGCACUGAUGAUGUCACCGGCUCGGCGUCGGCGUCGUCUCCUUGGUGUACGAAUUCAUCGGGGGAGUUGUGGUCUGAUGGGGAUUCCGCAAGCGAGGACGAGGACGAGGACGAAUGCCAAGAGGGCACUGAGCGGCGGCGAAGAAAGAGGAGGCGUGGAUGGGCCGAUGGCAGAUUUGUAAACCUAGGCGGUGGAGAGAAGCUAGGGCGCGGGGAGCUGUUGGCUGCAGAAGAGGAGGAGGAGGAGGAGGAGGAGUUGAGAGAAGAACUAGAUGGGGCCCGAGGGAUGGGAGAGACGGACGAGCGCGGAAGGGAGUUGGGUGAUGAGAUAGAGCGUAUGGGGGGCGGCACCGCGGGUGUGCAUGGGUUUGGAGCGGAGGGGGGGGGUGAAGGUGGGCUGGGGGGACCCGGAAUCGAAAAGGCAGUGGAAGGGGGUGUGUGGAGGAUGGGGGGUGGGGUAGUUGAAGAGGUUGUAAUGAAAGAGGUAAAGAGGGUGGGAGCGGAGGGCGCGGUGAAGUCGGAGGUGGGGGGAUUGGAGCAGGACGAGGACGAGUUCAGCGACGAUGAUCUGUUGUGACGUAUGCAUGCAUACAUCAUUUUUUUUUUUUCUAAAUUAAUGCAUGGUAUUUCUAGUGGAUGGGUGUUGGUGGAAGUAAUUACUGAAGCAUGUGCCGGCUCUUAAAGGAGGUGCGCACGACUAUAGUACACAGCAGGAGCACGCGACGAGUGCGCGUUUGCAGUUGUUGAGGACUGCUGUCAUGGUUAACUAUUAAUC